AUGAAGAGACAUUACUCAGAAGCGAAAGCAAAAGGUCUUAUCCAACUAAAACGUCAGAUGUUCAAGCGAGCGAUAACCUUCGUGAUAAUUUCUUGUUAUCCUUUCGAAUGUUACAUAAUUGCUUCGAGCGUCAGUUUAUUUAUUUUACGACAACGAUGUUUUUCAAUGGUUCAGCAAUUUCACAACGCCGCUUAUCAAACCACGUUUCGCCAUGUUUCUCCUAUUUAUGCAAAACCUGGCAAAAACCUUAAACUAAAAACAUUUUCUUCCGUUUUGACUGCAUUGCCACAACGUGAGAAGAAUUCAAAUGAGAACGAAUCGAUGCCAACAACAUGA